AGCAAUUAUAAGCAUUCAAUUCCAAAUGCAUGUUAUACUAAAAAGUAAAACGUACAAAUAGCUGAUGUUUUAUUUUCAAAAUUGCGGCGCAUAUUGGUUCUUCUCCUGUGAAUAAAUGGAGUUUCCCGUUCUUUGUUUGCUGCACGAAACUGAUAUUUAUUCAUCAUUUCAUUACCUGUUGUAGUGACGUCUAAGUUAAUUUGUGAUGUCUUUGAAAAUAGGAGAAGUGAAAAAAGAACCAGUAAUUCAUCGAGUCUCGCCACGAACUAUUCCUGGUGUCUUGUCUGCACCAAAUAAAGGAACAAUCGAUUGGGGUUGGCAGUCAUUCAUAGCUUAUGGAUGUUGUAAUCAUGUUAUUAUUGUGGACACCAAAAAUAUAAAGGUUUUCCAAACAUUAGAGAAACAUUCCAGUGAUGUCAUAAAGGUGAAAUGGUCCCAUGAGAAUUUCUAUCAUGAUGGAAAUCAUCCCUAUGUUUUGAAAUUGGCUUCUGCUGACAGUAAUGGACUUUUGAUCGUUUGGGAAGUAAAGGAAGGAAAACCUAUAUCCACAUUUUCUGAACCUGGAAAGCCAGCCACAGAGAUUGAAUGGCUUUCUGGACGUGAUUCAUCUCAAAACUUUCUUGUUGCAUUGCAUCCACCAUUCUCUUUCAUUAUAUGGAAUACAGAUUCUGGAACCAAGCUCUGGAAGAAGUCCUACACUGAGACAUUGCUUUCUUUUGCAUUGGAUCCAUUUUCAGAAAGUAAUGUAACCUUCCUGGCCAGUGACUGCAUCCUAUUUGUUGAUGAUUUGGGAGUGAAUAGGGCUCCUUCUGGUAACGGCCGCAAAUUUUUCAUCUCUAACCCUUUGGCUGAAGACAAGAAUAAAAACUCUUCCCGUAUCAUAAAAAAAAUGUGGCUUUUGUCAAAACCAGAUGGCAGAUCCAGUGAAGAUGGCAUAACCCUAAAUGAAUGCCUUUUUUUGACCUAUCAUAAGUCUUAUCGCCACCACUUGCUUUUGCUGUACCCAAAGGAAGUGCUCAUUCUUGAUCUUGAAAUAAAUCAGACUGUUGGCAUUGUACCUAUGGAACAUACUAGUUCUCCUAUGAUGCAAUUUUUCUCAUGUCGUCAAAGAGAUUUGUUCUACAUCUUACAUGAAUCUGGUAGUGUGUCCCUUCGACUAAGGCAUCGCCCAGAAUGUUCAGAAAGCAGUCUAGAAGUGUCUUAUGAUUUGCAGUGCCAGUCUGAUGCUCUAAGAUUGACUAAGCAUGCUCGAGUGACGGGAAUGGCGCUGUGCCCUGUGACUGAAAUGAAAGCCGCUCUCCUUCUCAGUGAUGGGAGAGUCUUAUUUUUCAAAAUUGAUGCCCAUCAACAGAAAGAAGAGAAAACCUUUCUUCCUCUAUAUUUGGCAAAAGUUUUGGACCACACUCAGUUCCCUCAAAAAUUGAUUGAGAAAACCUGCUUUCAGCACCCAGUAAGCACUCUUUCUGAUGCUCUAGGUCCUGCAUUAUAUCCAUCAGAGAAGCAUGUCCAAAGAAAAGAGACAGGACUCAAUAUUUUCGUCACUGGUCUCUUAAGUGCACUUGCCUCUCCCCCUCACGUCAUACGCAUGUGUCCACCAGUUACUUUCCGAAAUUGGAAUGUCUACAAGCCUUACAUGGCUAUAGGUAAUGCAGGUGGCAGUAUUCAGAUAAUAAAUAUGGCAACUGGUGUGAUAACAAAGGAGUUUGCUCUUCAUACUUCUCCUGUUAGGGGUAUAGAGUGGAUAGGAUUAACUUCUUUCCUCUCAUAUGCACAUCCAAAUACAGGAAGUAGCCUCGGACAGGUGCGAAACGAACUCCUCCUCACUGAUCUACAGUCAGGAAGAACCAACAUCUUAAGAGCAGAUAGGACAGAAGAAUCACCCAUUGAUAUGAUUCGUGUCUCUUACCUUAGACAGUACAUGGUCAUUGUCCUGAAAGAAGAUCCUUUUGAAAUCUGGGAUUUGAAGCAGCUCACACUCUUGCGAGUCAUGCCAAAGAAUUAUCCAAUCGUUACUGCAUUGGAAUGGUCUCCUAGUCACAAGAAAAGUCAAUCUUCCCUGGAACUGUCAUUUGAGAAAAAUAAGGAAUCAUCCUCAGAAUUUUCUAUGGAACGAGAUGUGAUGUCUAUGAAAUGUUCAUCAUAUCAGAAAGAGAACCUGGUAUUUACUGAUACAAAUGGUAUGCUUUACCAUUUUUCUGUUGAUGGAAAUGUUGUCAAGCAUGGUUCAGUUAUCCCUGCUGAUCAAGCAAUGGGUAGUGUAAGCUGCAUUGCAUGGAAAGGAGAUCACAUUGUAUUAGGUGAUGUUGAUGGAAACCUCACAAUUUGGUACUUAAAGGGAAAAGUAUCCAAAGGGAUUUCCACUCAUAGAGGCUGGAUUAAGAAGAUUCGUUUUGGACCUGGUAAGGGCAACAUGAAAAUCUUGGUUUUGUAUAAUGAUGGUGUAGAUGUAUGGGAUGUCAAAGAUGCAUCAUUUGUGUCUGGUAUUCGUUGCCCUCGUGACAUUCCUCGUGUGCAGGAUCUUGAUUGGGUGGGUUCAGAUCGUCCAGUUUUGGCCACAGCAGAUGGUUGCCUCAGAAUCACAGAUCUUGGUCUCAAGAUAUUUUCCUCUUCUGCAUAUGACUACCAUAUACAGAGUGCUCCCUUUUCCCCCCAUCUGCUUUCACCUCGGGUGUGCUUUUACCUAAAAAGCUUCUUACAGCAUCUCUUAUCUGAACAAACAGAAUUCUUCUCAGACAUCGAUCAGCAGGAUGAUCCUGACAUGUUCCGGGCUCAAGUACAGCUUCGAUCUCUAGACAGAAAAACAAAAGAAUUUUUGAAAGGAUGUCCUUAUGGAACAGCAGAACGAAGUCUUCACAUCUCUAGGCUGUUUGGGGAUGAGGAAGGAGUCAUUUUCUGGACAGUUGCUCUGCAUUUUCUGAAGCAAGCCAAGUAUCAGAGUCUUCAGUAUCCUGGUCAAGGAGAUGGCUUCAAGCCUGACAUCUACUUUGAUCAUCCUCUAGACACAGCAUAUGAUUUCUUCUGUGAUAGUGAGGUUUACAAACGUCUUCAGCUGGAUCGAGUGCAUUUACACUUGAGUAAGCGAAGUACUUAUGCACAGACACAACAAUGUUCAGAGAGACUCUUGCUGCUUGGGCAAACAGAUCAAGCAGUUCAGUUGCUUCUUGAAACGGACAGUGAGAAUGACAGUUUUUAUGAAGAUUGUCUUAGGGCUUGUCUUUUAUCAACAGUACAAUGCUGUUGGGGACAAUCACAGUCAGUAGUAAAGUUAGUUGCAACUAACCUUAUUGCUUCGGGUCGCAUCUCAGAAGGAGUACAACUCCUUUGUCUUAUUCAAAAAGCCUCAGAUGGCUGCCGCUAUCUUCAGGGAGCCGGCAGAUGGAUUCAGGGGGCUUGGCUGGCCAAGGCUGCUCUUUCAGAAAAUGAAAGUCGAGAAAUAUUGAAACGUUGGGUAGACCAUAUGUGUUCAGCUGCAGUGGAUCAAAAAGCGAGAGGAAUACUAAUGCUGCUAUCCCUGUUUGAGUUUUGGGAUGUGGUACGAAUCUUGCAUAGUACCCAAAGAGUGGAACGAGCUGCGCUUUUCCUACAAGCUUGUCUUGAAUUCGGACUCCUUCGGAAAGAUGCCACCAACAGUUCAGACAUAGAGGCUGUUUUUAUGGAUUAUUCAAAAUACCUGUUGUCUGUCAAAAACCGUUCAUCUGCCAUCCAUUAUUUCAAGUUGGGAUCAGAUGCCGAUGACCAGCCACCACCAGCAGUGGAAGUUAUCUCCUGAAAACUGUUUCCCAAGUAACAGUUUCUUCUAUCUGUACCUUAACAUAUCUGCAAUUUGACAUCUUGCCAUCUGCAUAUUCCAUGAAUGAUUUAGAAGUACUGAUGAAAGAUGUCCUUUGAAGGAAGAUAAUAUAUAUAUAUAUGUAAAUAGUUUAUAAUCAGAGUUAAAAGAUUUUCAUACAAGACUAUAAGGAAGCAAAUAAUGACUCUUUUGCAUUUGCUGGUGAUUUACAUUAAGUGUCAUCAAAAAUUAUUAUUUUAUGAAGAAAAGUAGCAUAUUUUGUACUUGAAAAGAUUUAAUAAAUUUUUGUUU